UUUCUAGUUUACUUAUCUUGUUUUGAUUUUGAAAGAAUAAAAACCUACCAAUCACUCUCUAACCUCUCUCAUCUUUGCUCUUCGCCGUCACCGCAACCACCGUUCCCUCAAAUCAAAAUACCAUGUCGGACGAAGAGCACCAUUUCGAAUCCAAGGCCGACGCCGGAGCCUCCAAAACCUACCCUCAACAAGCCGGUACCAUCCGUAAAAACGGUUACAUCGUCAUCAAAAACCGUCCUUGCAAGGUUGUUGAAGUUUCUACUUCAAAGACUGGCAAGCACGGUCAUGCUAAGUGUCACUUUGUUGGAAUUGAUAUCUUCACUGCUAAGAAGCUUGAAGAUAUUGUGCCUUCUUCCCACAAUUGUGAUGUUCCCCAUGUGAAUCGUACUGACUACCAGCUCAUUGAUAUUUCUGAGGAUGGAUUUGUGAGUCUGCUUACUGAAAAUGGGAACACUAAGGAUGACCUCAAGCUUCCUACCGAUGACAGUCUACUCACUCAGAUUAAGGAUGGAUUUGCUGAGGGAAAAGACCUUGUUGUGUCUGUUAUGUCUGCUAUGGGCGAGGAACAGAUUUGUGCCCUUAAGGAUAUUGGUCCUAAGAACUAGCCUCUCUUGCCUGCCAGUUUGUUGUUUCCAUUUAAGCAAAGAUUAUUUUUCCAAGUUUUUAUAUUGUUUUGUUCUAGACCUGGCUUAUGGAUUUUUGUUGUUUUAUCCGUUUUUUCUCUGUUGUCCUGUGACUUUAUUAUAAACGAGGAUUUCCCUGUGGGAAGUAGUUUUUUAUUUUUUUCUUCGGUAUUUAUAGUCUGCACGCUGAAAAUUUGUGUAUUUUAAUAUCAAACUGCACCAUUUAUUAUCAGAGGAUUUGUUAUUUUAUAC